CAGGCAGGCUCUGUUUAAUGACUGCACCUACUCGACAGUUUUGCACCGACGGAGUUUUAUUUAUUCGGAACUGUGGGUCUGUUCUAUGUGGUGUAUUUCUGGGCUGACAGCUGUCUGUGAUUCAGUCUGUCUCUUCAUCUUUACGGAGAACUUGAACCUGAGUCGUCCUCGUCUUCAUCAUCCUCGUCUUCUCCUCCGUGUGGAGUCACCGGGUCUGGACCGGAUCGAGGUUCCUCAGCUGCCCCUCUGCUGCUCUGAUUCCCCCCUCUGAGACUUUGAUCUCGCAGUGGCUGCUGGGAGAUAAAAAGCUUCUCCUUUUCUUCUUCGGAGUCCGCAGAGAUGUCAGCCGUUAUCCCGGAGCAGGUCCGGAGCGAGCAGGGGAGCCGCAGCGGAGCCGAGCCGGAGCAGCCGGAGGCCGGCGUCCUGCAGCCGCAGACCGUGUUUGUCAUCCUGGACCCGGCGGAAACUCUCAACGUGGUCCGAGUGGAGUCUGGGAUCGUUGCUGACAUCGAGGUCGACGGUCUGCUGCCAUCUGACUGCGACACCUUCUAUGAAAUCAAGAGUCAGCCAAUCAGCAUCAGUUCAUCUGCAGCAGCUCCCUCCUCUUCAUCUUCUUCACUGCCGUCAGUGAUGUCAUCGAGGGUUUUGAUGCGUCAGGAUCUGAUGCGUCAGCAGGCUCUGGAGGAGGAGCAUAAGGAGACGCAGAAGAAGCAACAGCAGCUUCUUCGCUUCUCCGACUCCUCCUCGCCCAUCUGCGUCUCGGUGCCCUCCUCCUGCAUACCUCCUGCUCAGGUCCCUGUGGAGGUGCUAAAGGUGCAGACUCACCUGGAGAAUCCCACCAGGUAUCACAUCCAGCAGGCUCAGAGGCAGCAGGUCCGUCAGUACCUGUCCACCACCAAGACAGCCAAUCAGCAGCAGGCUGCAGUGGCAAGUCACUGCCCCCAGCUGGGCUUCACCCCUGGACAGCCAAUGGACGGGAGCCCCAAACAGGAAGUAGAAGACAUCAUUGUCGAUGACAUCAUUAGCCUGGAUUCGAGCCUGAACGACGAGUUUCUGACGCUGAUCGACUCGGAGCUGCAGCUCGCCAACACGCUCCCCGAUCCUGAGAACUUGCUGGAUGGGUAUGGUGGCAGCGGCGGGAACACCAUGCCUACGCUUACCGUUAGCAACAGCUGCCCGGCCAACCUGCACGCCGUCAAGAGAGAGCUGACUGAGGUGGAGUCCAAAGCUCUGGUUAAAGAAAGACAGAAGAAGGACAAUCACAACCUCAUCGAGAGGAGGCGGCGCUUCAACAUCAAUGACCGGAUCAAAGAACUCGGAGCUCUGAUCCCUAAAUCCUCUGACCCUGAGACGAGGUGGAACAAAGGAACCAUCCUGAAGGCGUCGGUGGAUUACAUCCGCAAGCUGCAGAAGGAACAGCACAGAGCCCGAGAGAUGGAGGAGAGGCAGAGGAGGCUGGAGAGCACCAACCGCUCGCUGAUGCUCCGCAUACAGGAGUUGGAGCUUCAGGCUCGCGUCCUUGGCCUCUCCUCUUCCUCUUCCAACUCACCUCCCCCAAAGUCCUCCUCCUCCUCUCUGGACCCCCAGACCCUGCUCUCUCCUCCACUGCUUCAUCCCUUUUCCUCUUCCUCCUCCCCCUCCUCCUCCUCCCUGGUGACUCCCUCUCUGGGUCUGGAUGCUCUGACUUUUACGGACCUGGAUGAGCCUCAGGGAGCCGCCACCGUUUUCUCCCCAGACCUGAUGUCUGACAUGGGGCUGACUGACCUGCACGGCCUGGGGGGCCUCCUGAUGGAGGACGGGAGCGGGGCAGGAGUGAUGUCCGACCCUCUGCUGUCCUGCGGAGCCUCGAAGACCAGCAGCAGGAGGAGCAGCUUCAGCAUGGAUGAGGAUCUUUGAUGACCCCAUCAGGCACAGGGAUCUGAUUGGCCAGAACUGAAGGCGGGACUUCAUUUUUAAUUUUUUUAUGGAACUACUUUUCAGUCUGUGACAUCAUCAAAGCAAAAAACACACCAAGGUGAUGCAGUGUAACAGAAACCAUCAGCAUGUCUUCCAGUGGACUCCCCUUUGUCCUGAAGUGUUGUUGUCACAGCUGUUGUUGCAAACCCGAGUGUCAAAAUUGCGUUCAGGUUCCUCACAUGCACUCACGUGAACUGCUGAGACUCAAAGAAUCCUGAUUUUUUUUUUUUUUUAAAUGUGGAUUUAGGAGGUUUUAUAAAGUAGUCAAAAUACUGAGACAUUGAUUGUGCCUCAGUUCAUUCCUGUAAAUAUAAAUGAAUCUAUAAUCACUGUGCUGGAAAACUGAGUAGAGAUUUUUAUUGGAUCAGAGGAGUCUGCAUAGCUUCAGGACUUUGAUUCAGUUUUAUUUUUAAUAUAUGCGCUGCCUGUUUGAAACCAUGUCCAGAGCAAAAAGAAGGGAAACUUUUGUAAUCGGCCACCAAUCCUUAAGAAAACUGUUCAUUUCAGUUUGUUUCAUCUUUAGAGUUUUAUGUUUUAUUAGCAUUGAGACUCCUCUCAUACAGCAGCCAAAUUAACAUUUUAAGCUUCAAUAAAUUCUUGCUGAUGAGUUUAUAAUCGUUAGCCUUCAAUUAAACUAGCUACAGUUUCCAUUGCUUGAGGCUAAUUAUAAGCUAACUCUUAGCUGCAGCUGUUUUGUCUUCAGGAACCCUCCUAGCUUAUAACAGACAGGUUACCAAACAAGAACUUGUCGAGUUAGCUGUUAAUGUUAAAACGUGCUCGCGUUAAAAGCUAACAGUAGUUACAUACUGUUGUUCAUAUUCUCCUACCUGCUAGUUUAGUUAGCUACUGUACAGAGCUAGCUGCUAUCUGUGCUUGAUGUAAUUAGCUCUAGCUAAAAUCGUGUCAUCUUAGCAGCUAUGUUUGUUUGUGGAACGAUUUCCUCAUAUGUUACAGUCGCCGAUAUAAAUGUAUCUGGGUUUUGUUGGAAAUUUAAGGAGCUCUGCUGGUGAUGCUGGUUAGGAAAAAUAAUACUGACUGCAGACAAGUUAGUAAGAUGUGGGAACAGAGACACCAAGACACAAGCUAAAUGAGAUCUCUGCUGAUCUCUAUUACUUUAUUACUGCAUGAUCACAACUCAAACAUCAGAAACAACAUUUUUGGCUCCAAAACCAACAUUAACCAUGUUAAAAUGCUGUUUUUUGUUGUUUAUCUGACAGCUAAUAGAUCACCUUUGGAAUCUUGGUUUCCUUCUAUUUAUCAGUAAUUUGAUAAUACUUUUUUUAGACUUUGAGUAGGUGGCGGAGGGUGCCGACUAGUUAUGUAUAAGCGACUUAUUACAGUUGAUAAUGGCCAUUUAUUGGGCUGAUGUCAUUCAUCGAAUUUCCCAGGUGAUACUAAAUCAUGGCCAAACAAUAGUAUUUUUUCCUGCUAAUGUCAUCUGUGCCGUGUACAACAAAGCAAGAAUAUAUAGCAUAUAUUCAUAACUACAGCCCUCUCAGGGCACUAUACAUUGUAUAUUAUAGAGUUCACAAGCCAUCAACUUUCUAUGAUCAGCACUUGGCAACAGUAGGGAAAAAAAACCCUACCUUUAUAACUGUAAAAAAAAAUAUGCAACAGAACCAGGCUCAUGCCUUCAUACCAGGGAAAAUAUGGAGGAAAGAAGGGUGAAGACGGGAAAGAGGAACUUAAUUACAAGAAAAAAGCACUGAGCUUGGUGUGGCCAGUAAAACCUGUUGGGCUGUUAUGUAUUGUUAGCAAUGCAAGUUACAGUAACACAGACUGUAUGAACUUACGUGCAUUCAGUUAUUGAUACAGAAAAUACACAAAUAUCUGUUUUUAUGCUUGGUCAUGAUUUGCUGCCAGGUUAAUUUUGCAGUCCUCAGAGAAUGUUUAAUAAAUAAAGUGAACUGCACUUAAAUUUGGUCAAGGCGAUUUCUGGCAGAUAGAUAAACAGUAUAUUCACUUUAGGAAGGAACCAGAUUAGCAGUAUUCGACAGCAUGCCUCUCUGGUUGUAUUUACAGAGCCACUAUAAAGUUUUGUCAGAUCCUUCACAGCUCUCUGUGACCCGUUCUUCUUCACAGAAGAAGGCAGUGUCGCUUGAUUGGUGCUCAAUGACGCGUCAAACGCGUUACUGUGCUCACAGUUUGAUAAAGAAAAGCUGACGUAACUAAGAAAGUUGAUAACUAUUCUUGUGAUACCAAUUAUCUCUGAAUGUUGCUUCAGGUGUAAGCCAGAGAAAGCCUGCCUGUGUCCAGCUAGAAAUGAGAUUUAAUACCUGAAUAAUGCUCAGCAGAGUCAGGUGUUCAGGUAUGAGGAUCAGGUGAUUCUUGCAUAAAGGGAUUGCUGUUUUUUUUAAAUCUAUGUUUAUGUCAUUUAUGUUUAUCAUAUGUUUACAACCAUAUAGUUUGUCAUUGUUUAUUCUCAGUUAACAGUUUGUUUUAUAGAUCCAUCAAGGUUCACAUGCCAACUUUUAUAGAGAAAUAAAUCAUUAAACAGAUGCUUGUCUCAUUCUGUGUUGCGUUUCCUCACUUACUGCAAAAAAGUAACUGAUGGUCCUUUUUAUACAAGAAAUCUCACAACAUUUAUAACUUUGUAAAGACUUUGUAAAGACUAGUAAUAUUAUAAUUAUUUUAAAUAAUCUAGAAAACUCUGAGCAGAAGGUGUGCAAGUGUUCUGAAAGCUGCUAAUUGUUACAAUAAAGUAAUAUGUAGAGAAAAACACAGUCUCUUUACAGCAUCUAACACUUAGACCAGACAGGAGUCACUCUGUUCAUGUCCAGCAGGGGGAGCCGUUCUGCUGAUUAACAAAAACACCUACAUUACAGUCUAUGUGAGUCCAUAACAAACAUCCAUUUAUAUGCCAGGAAAUUGGAAGAAUUAUUCUAGAGGUACUCAGGAGCUUUAAUGGAGUAAAAGUUCUAUAAGAGCACUGUAAAAAAAAAAAAACCAAACAAACAAAAAAACCCUCCAUUACAAAAAUGUCCUGGAACAAAGAUUCUAGUUAAACUUCUCCCUGAAGAAAUGAAAUGACUCCUAUAAUUUCACAGGAAAUCAUAGGAGGCAUGAUACAUAAACUCUCAAGUCCUGGAUGUGCCUCAGCCUCCUCCUCAUCCAGAUGAAGUGUGAUUCAUAAGACCUCUAUAAAGGAAACACCAGUGGAGUGGGUUGGAGGCCAAUUGAGGCCAGCUCUCCUGUGGUUCCACCACCCACAAGAGUGGCUGUAGGGAUUUAGUGUAAUGUGGAUAAAGAAGCAAUCAAAAGUACAGAAAAGCAGACAAAUUUGUUCUCUUGCCUUAAAUAUUUAAAUAAAUGACCAUCAAAUCAUUUAGUCAAGCAAACUAAUGCAUCUUGAUUAUUAUAGUUUUACGAGCAGGCUUUUAUAAAGCCAACAGCCUGAAUGUUUGAGGCGAAACAAAAAGUGAAGAUAAAACGGUUAACCUUUAAUUUUAUAACCUACAUUAAAAUUAUGGCAUACUUUUACUUGUUGAUAUCAACUAAAAGUAUAAAGGCCAAAACCUGAAAUGAUAACAACAGGCUUGAUUCAAAUUUGCAAAGAGCUAAAUCUGGCUCCAGGCUCUGAUUUAUAUAAACAUGUGGAUUUGAGUUUAGUUUUAGUUUAAAAAAGACUUUUUUCCAGGACAUGAUCUGUUUCAUACAUGACAGCAGCAAAUGUGGAUCAACCUGCCAGUGAAAAAAACGUUUGAAUUUAGAAGCAGUCUGUGGGAAAAUGUCACAGCUGUUUUGUUUACCAUGUAUGUAUUCUGGUUUAACUACUGUUGUGGGGACAAUGAUCCAGGUCAAAUGCUGUGAGGACAUUUUGGAAAAUUGGGUCACCCUUUGAAAAGUAUGGGUCAGAUCUCCAGAGGCUGUCUAAAGGUUCAGAUUAGAUCCAGGUUCUGGUUCAGGGGCCGGGGAAAGCAGUACGUCAAUCACAGUGCUCACCAGGACAAACGGACAAACGUGUGCAUGUAUCUCUCUUUGAUGUUGGCCUGUCCCGGGUGUCAGAGGUCAGGUACCAUUGUCUCUCCAGUGAUUUCCUGCUUCCUGUUUGGACGUCCUG